GGUAUAACUGCUAUUCCCUGCUCCUCCUCCCGCUGUCUGCCCUCUGCUCCCCCGUUUUCAUCUCCUCUUGAACUACCCGAGCAUUUAAUUUUUAAUGAUAACGCGCGGAGCUGCAUCGUUUUGUGCUUGCUCCUGCGCUCUCACUCUCUCUCCUCCCCCCAUCCUCUCCACUCUGCGCUUGUCCGUGCGUCCGCCACCUGUUAGUUAGUCUGGCUCUUCAAUCCACGCUGGAAACCACUUUUAUAUGAGGAGUUUCAACCGUAGCUGCCAGCACUUAGCCCUAUGACUGUGCGCAAAGGAAAGUCCUUGGCCAUCUCCAUCCAGGAGCACAUGGCCAUUGAUGUCUGCCCAGGCCCCAUCCGCCCAAUCCGGCAGAUCUCUGCCUAUUUUCCCCGGCUGUCGCCCACUUCCUCCUUUUCAGAGCCUCUGUCACCCAGUCAUGGUGCUGCGCCCGCAAAUCUGAGCCCGGGCUGCACUGGGGGGCAUGGGGGCGUGGCCUCAGGAACAGGAGGCGGGACCAGUGGGGGUCUGCUGUCUCCUCUGUUACCGGGGGCAGCAGGAGGCGGAGGCUCACUGUCCGCCAUGAGCAGCAUGGACACCUCCAUUGAGAUCGACAGCUGUGACAGCGAUGAUAACACUUCCUUGGGGACACUUGAGUUUGACCUGCUAUACGAAAGUGCAACCAGCUCAUUACACUGCACAGUAUUGAAAGCAAAGGGUCUGAAGCCCAUGGAUUUUAAUGGUUUAGCUGAUCCUUACGUCAAGCUGCAUCUGCUGCCGGGAGCCUGCAAGGCCAAUAAACUGAAAACAAAGAUUGUCCGCAACACUCUGAACCCAGUCUGGAACGAGACGUUGACCUACUGUGGGAUCACGGAGGAAGACAUGUAUCGCAAAACACUAAGGGUGUCUGUGUGUGACGAAGACAAGCUGACACAUAAUGAGUUCAUUGGGGAGUCGAGGGUGGCCCUGCGCCGCGUGAAGCCUGACCAGACCAAACACUUUAACAUCUGUCUGGAGCAUCCCCCUCCUCUGCCUUCACCAACUGCCAUGAGCUCUGCGCUGCGAGGGAUCUCCUGCUACUUGAGAGAGUGGGAGACAGAGCAGCAGAGAAGUUUGGAGGAGAGAGGGCGUCUUUUACUCUGCCUGCAGUACCUUCCCCCGGCCACAGAGAGUGACACAAAAGGAGACAGGGCUCGUGGAGGGCUGUGUGUUGGGGUCAAGCGCUGUGCACACCUUGCGGCGAUGGACGUCAAUGGCUUUUCAGAUCCCUAUGUAAAAACGUAUCUCAAGCCAGACGUGCAUAAGAAAUCCAAGCACAAAACAGCAGUGAUAAAAAAGACCCUGAACCCGGAGUUUAAUGAGGAGUUCUUCUAUGAAAUAUCCUUCUCGGAGUUGGCCACAAAAACACUGGAGGUCACAGUAUGGGACUAUGACCUCGGAAAGUCCAAUGAUUUCAUAGGUGGUGUAUCCUUAGGGUGCCACUCACAGGGCGAGGCUCUGCAGCACUGGAUAGACUGUCUGAAGAACAAGGGCAAGAAGGUGGAGCGAUGGCACACACUGACCAAUGAGCUGCCUGGAUCCACAACGCAGGAAUGAACUCUGGCCUUUCGGUUUCUGUUCUGACCCCUAACCUUUGACCUUGGGGAGGGCACUUGAGACCAGAGACAUUUCCAUCGCAUGCUCGGAGGACUGUAUGCAUGACUUAAAGGGUUUUCAGAUCCUGCCUACUUUGUGUCAGACAAGCGUUGAAGACAGCAUCGCACUGAGGGCACAUUUGCAGAUCAAAUGAAUUGUCAGUACUAGAACAGCACCAGACCUUUUGAUAUGAUAUUCAUAGAAACGUGACGUCUACAGCUAAUUCAAGCAUUCUCUGUACUUUUGCAAACACAGCCGACAACAAGAAAAAUUGAAAUAGCCAACCCCAAAAUUACAUUACAUAAUUCUGUCAAGUCUCUAUAUGAAAUGUGGUGGUUAUCAUUAAAUCGAUCUAUUUUGUUCAUUCAACUGCAUUUUGACACUCACCUGUCUGCAGCACACAUACCUCUCCUUUGCAAUAAUAUUUUGCCUAAUGCUUCCAGAUAAUUCAAGUGGUCUUAACACUGUUUUGUAUGUAAAAAUCAGAUUACACUUUCAGGCACAACCACAUCAUGACAAUUGGAUCCUCAGUGUUAAUGCUUUGUGUUUUUUGCAUGUUUGUUGUUGACUGAGGAGAGUCCAAAAAAUCAAAUUUUGGAUGAGAUGUUAUCAUUGUGCUUUCCCUGUUUACUUCAAGUGUGUUUGUAGAUGACAUUGCAGCAUUUGUAAAGAAAUGAAAGCCUUUUAUAACUGACAACUUAAUACUGAAAUGUUUGUUGAUACGUGUAACAUUUUUGUGGCUUUAAGAGGGGACACAGGACAUGAUGAUUUUGAAUGGUACAAAGACAACAUUGCUACUGCACUG